AUGCAGGCCAGCAGCGGGUCAGAGCUGGAUGGAAAGGAUCUGCGGCCCUGGAGAAGCCCAGGCAGGAGGCGCGGGGCGGGGCGGGGCCGGGAGAAGCCCGGGCUGAGGGGCGGGGCGGGGGGGCGCUGUGAGGGCGGAGGGUGGAGGGGUCUCGAGGCGGGGAAGGGCAGCCCCGCCCCUCGGCCGGCGGGGCGCGUAUCCCGGGUGUUGCGCGGGUCGCGGCGCUUGGGGCGGGCGUGGUGGACUGCCAGCGAGGUCGCUCUGGGCCCGCCCGAUAACCGGCUCCGGGCCGGAGGAGACGAAGAGGCCAUGGCCCCUGGGGUGCCUGCUCCGGUACCUGUGACAUUUUAUGAUGUGACCAUGUAUUUCACGGAGGAAGAGUGGAGGACCUUGGAGGAGUGGCAGAAGGAGCUUUACAAAGAUGUAGUGAAAACCAAUUAUGAGACCUUGGUCUCACUGGGCUAUGCCUUUCCCAAACCAGACUUGAUAACCCAAAUUGAACAAGGGGAAGAGCCAUUCAUCAGAGAUGGGGGACACUUGGACAAAGAACUGGCCAUUGGUUCCAGGGCUGAUGAGCAUCCUGACAUGAAGAGCACACAGGGGCAGCUGUUUUCUGGGAAUUCUAGAUCUUCAAGUUCAAAAGAGCAGGAAAACCUUCAAAACCAGAACUCACCUUGGCUCUUACCAUUCCGCUGUAGUGAGUGUAACAAGGGCUUCACCCACAAGUCUCAACUAGCCAAUCACAUCAGGAUACACAGAGAGAAGAAACCAUUCUUCUGCACUGAGUGCAACAAGAACUAUGGCCGGAAGGACCGACUGCUCAGGCACCAGCGCCUGCACACGGGGGAGAGGCCCUUCCAGUGCCCAGAGUGUGACAAGAGCUUCCACCAGAAGGGGCAUCUGCUCAGGCACCUGCCCCAGCACACGGGGGAGAGGCCCUUUCCGUGCCCAGAGUGUGACAAGAGCUUCCGAGUGAAAGCUGACAUGAAGGCCCACCAACGCCGGCACAGCGGGGAAAGGCCUUUCUCCUGCAGUGAAUGCGGUAAGGGUUUCACCAAACAUUGUCAUCUCACUGAGCACAUCAGAUUGCACACGGGGGAGAGGCCCUUCAAGUGCCCAGAGUGUGGCAAGACCUUUCGCCUGAAAGCAGACAUGAAGGGUCACUUGCGAAUACACAACAAAGCCAGGUCAUUCUGCUGCAGCGAGUGCAAUAAGGCAUUUCCCAAGCAGUCUAAGCUCACAGCCCACAUUAAGGUGCACACCAAGAAACAGCACUACAAGGGCCUGAUGUGUGGACUAACGAACCUUGAUUGGAGUUAAAACAAAACCUCUAGCAUACAAGGGGGGGUAUCAAAUAUCCAAGUCAAGUCAAAGAGUUACAGUGGGAAGUAACUUCAGAUCAUAUCUAAUCCAAGCUCUCUACAACAUCUUUGACCAGUGGUCUUUAGACCUCUGCUGGAACACCUCUAGUAACAGGAAACUUACUACCUCAUGAGGCAGGCCAUAUUCCGUCUGGGAUAGCUCUGCUUGCUGGGAGGUUCUUACUUAGAUUGCGUUAGAGUCAGGCUCCCCAUAACUUCCAUGAGUUUUUCACAGUUCUUUCUGGAGCCAAGCAGAAGUUAAGUACCUUGUUAGUAAGGCAGCUCUUCAACUAUUCAGUGAAGUCUGGCCAAUAAAGUUGGUGAUCAAACUGUGAUGCUGUUUUUUUUUUGUUCAAAAACAAACUAUAUAACUGAGAAUAGCUGUAUAAUUCAGAAUGAGACUGGUGUUCUCAUGUGCCUCAUAAGCUAGCUCUGAAGAGGUUAUCACCUCUUCAGAUGUCACAGUACCCUUCCAUUGGUAAAUCCCUUCUCACUCAGCACUCCCUAAAAACCAAAGAAGUUCCCUUUGAAAGCGUGAGAGAGAACCCGGGUACAGAAUAGUUUGACAGGACAGGAAUCUUCCUCCUGCCUACCUCAGACCCAAACAGAGAAGGCUGAUGGUCACAUGGGCACUUUGUAGCCCUUGUAGAAUGUAGUCUUGAAUGAAUACAGUUGUAUUAGAGGCGUUGGUUGCUGAGGUUGUUUUUGUUUUAAUUUUUUGCUGUAGUUUGUUAAUAACAUAACAAUAAAUAAAACAUCUCUGAG